GCUUGGGGGCGUGGUGUAUCAUGGGGAAAAAAGUUGGUUGGAAAUCAGUUCUAGCGUUGGGGGAAACGACGAGCAAAGCAGGCUUUUCUUCAAAUACACGUAAAAAAGAUAUCGGCUAGCAAUGUCUGGCCGGAAGAUGCCGAACUUUCCUGCCUCUGCGUCCCAGUGCUUCAGCUCCACCCCUGUCAAAACCAUCCAGGGGAAAUACCUGCACAUAUCAAAGGGUUUGGACGACGACGUGCUGUCCGACGAAGAAGACACUUUCUCUCUGCUCUCUCCCAUAUACCACGACAGUUUCGACAGUGAUGAAGACCUGGAGCCCAGCCCGCGGGCUUCCCCCAGGCUGAGCGACUCAUCCAGACUCAGCCUUUCACCAGUCAGAUGUGAGCUACCAAGAACGCCCUCAGUGCAGAUGUUGGAUACAGCUGUGGAGCCUCUUAGUGCAUGGGAAAAGUGGCUGGUUAGCAAAGCAAAAGAAGACCGUUUACAUUUAGAAAAACAAGCAGAAGAGGAGUGGUUAAAAAAGGAAAAUAAAGCACAUGAAGAAAGGGAGCUGGAACAGAAAAAGAUUGUCAUGGAAGAGAGGAUCCAAAUUUGGCUAAAGAUGAAAAGAGAACAGGAGAAGCAAGAGCAACUUCUAAAACUGAGGAAAGAGGAGGAGGAGAUACAGAGGCAGCACGAGAAACAGAGGGAGAUAGAACAGAAAGCUCAACAAAAAUACAAAGACUGGCUGCAGAAGAAAAACCAGGAAAAAAUUGAAAUGGAAAAGAAGGAGAAGGAGGAAGCUGCCCUGAAGGAGGAGCAGGAGAAGGAGCGCCGUCAGAGGGCAGAGGAGAAGUUUAAGGACUGGCUGGCAAAAGCUAAUGAAAAAACCAAAGCUAGUCCCCAAUCACCCUGCUACACGAGAAGUCCAUAUGAGAAAUACCUCCCGUCACCAGGCUUCUACAAUCCAAUCCCAUGGAAGCCGAUUCACGUCCCUCCUGUGGAGAAAGAACUGAAUAACACAUCUGGCAAGAAACCUCAGAGGAGCCAACAAAGCGCCGCCAGCGCUCUGAGACUGAGGAACUCUGCGAGUGCCACCCAGGUGCUGCAGAGGAGAUGACACAGCUGACAUGUGUGUGACUGAUAUGGCUGCUCUGUUACUGCUUAAAUAUGAUUCAUCAACCACAACAGCUCCUGAACUGAGACUGCUGAAUCACAGAAGUAUUUCUGUUCACUUUUAUGGAUGUGGUAUUUAAGCUUCCAUAUCUACAUUUUCAUUUGUUGUAUUUUUGAACACUGGACAAUAUUGUAAUAAUGCACCAGCUCAUAUUAGAUUGUUUGUAAGGAUGUGUCUUGGGGAUUGUUAUGAUUUUACAAACAUGUUUAUAAUUUAUUCUUAUACUGCACCCAGCUUUUAUACCAUAAUAAAGGCGCGUGUACAUAGCAUUAUGACUGGACAUUUAAACAAUGGAGUUUAUUUUGUUGUAUCCUGUUGAUAAAAGAGGCUUUAUCAAUGUUA